AUGAUGUUAACUUGCUGCUUUCAUCUGAAAGUUUCAGACGAGCCUCCGGAUACUAAUGGCAGCACAGCAGCGUCAUUAACUAUUUCCUGUUUGCCUAGUCCAACCCCAGAGAUGACUGUUCCUAAUACGAUGACCACCGACUCAGCCUACUCCAGCCCUCUAAAUGGCGUCACUAUAUCAACGGCUGCUUGCUCCUCAGUUGGCAUAGAUGACACUGACUUUUCUGCUACACCUACAAGGUCGGCUGAAGAAGUUGCUGCCUCCACUGCACCCUCAUCUUCCACUACAGUCUAUCGACAUUCUCCAGGCGACGAAGAUGACGGCUGUAUACUGUCGUCAGACGCCACAUCGACAGCUCUGGCUGUCAUGGAAGGGGACUCAGUUCACUCUCUUGGCCGGCCGGCUGCUACAGUCACAGUUGUCAACAGGGAGGUUUGUAAUACUGCAGCAGCCAAAGCAUCUGAAGAGUCUGCAGGAACCUACAGCAGCAAGGGCGUAAAUCGUUUUAGUCAUGUAAUCUCAGGUCGAGGGAAGUCGCAGAAACGAAUCGUUGCCUACUCAACAGCGAUGGAAUCCAUACAAGCUAGUUCUGAACCAGUUGAAUUGGAAAUUGAAGAGCAGGAACAGAUUCCGUAA